AUGCUGAUCCCAUACAAUGAUCCAUUGGCAAAAUUAUUAUUCGUGAUGUUCCAUGAAGAAAACAAACACUGUGGCCCGCAGGCACUAUUGAGUAUACUAAGACAACGUUUUUGGCCGAUUAAAGGUAAAUCAACAGCCCGAGCAACAGUUCAGCGAUGCAUUCGAUGCAACAAAGCACGUCCGCAAUUAUGCCAACAAAUUAUGGGCAAUUUACCAGAAUCAAGAAUAAUUCCUGCAAGACCUUUCAUUAAUGCUGGUGUAGAUUAUUGCGGACCAUUUUGGAUCCACUACAAGGUGAGAGGCAAAAAGCCAACAAAGGCAUAUAUUGCUGUCUUUUGUUGCUUUUCUACAAAGGCGGUACAUCUCGAGUUAGUGACCGACUUAUCAACAAAUGCUUUCAUUGGAGCAUUAAAACGAUUUAUAAGUCGACGAGGGCGUUGUUUGAAUAUUUACAGUGAUAACGCAACAAACUUCGUAGGCGCCAAAAACCAGUUAGCAGAAUUAGAUGAAAGCAUUUAUUCUAAUGAAGGACAAGAAGCAAUAAUCUCUGCCUGCAGUACCACAGGAAUAAACUUUCAUUUUAUUCCACCAGGGGCUCCACACUUUGGCGGUUUAUGGGAAGCAUCCGUAAAGUCCGCAAAAUAUUUGUUACUACGCAGCGUUUCAACAGCAUCAUUGACGUAUGAAGAACUCGAAACAGUAGUGGUGGAAAUUGAAGCGAUAUUAAAUUCACGACCAUUGACUCCAAUGUCCAAUGAUCCAACUGAUUUGACAGCAUUAACUCCAGGACACUUAUUAAUUGGAGAAGCUCUUACAACCUAG